GUUUCUUGCCUUCCAACGUGUAGUCAGGUGAUAGGGAAAUGUACUGCUCAGCCAUCAAUGGGCUACUUCGGCCAGGCUGGCGCACAGGCCGAGAUGCAGCUUUGCAGAUCGCACGUUCGCGCAUCGCGCUCCCAUGUGCUCGCUAUUCCUCGUUCACGAUAGAGACUCUGCAGAAGAAGUUCCGUGACCCAAGUUCUCCCUACCACAUCGCGCCAGGAACACAAGGGCCCGAUUCACCCGACCCGCCUGUGGAAGAGCCGCUAUCGCCGGAGGAAGAGGGCCGCACAAAGCUUGCAGAGCUCGGAUACGACCCAGAGAGCUUCUGGGAGCAGAAGGUGGUUUGGGGAGACCACGACGCCUUUCAACACGUCAACAACGUGCGGUACUUACGCUUCCUCGAGUCCGGCCGCAUCCAUUGGAUGCACGCCCUCGGCCACGAGCUCGGAGGGCCCGCCAAGGCCGAGCAAAUGACCCGCGGCCAAGGCGUCUCGCUCAUCCUCAAGUCCAUCUCUAUCGACUACAAAGCCCCCGUCACCUUCCCGGACACGCUCCUCGUCGCGCAUAAGCCACACCCCGGCCCGGCCGCUCGGAACCGUGAACCUGGGACCCCUGCGCGCCCGGCUAAGACGCACUUUUUCAUGGCGGGGGCGAUAUGGUCGUACGCGCAGCGGAGGAUCGUAACGGAGAGCGACUCGGUGCUGGUGUGGUACGACUACGACCGGCUGACGAAGUGCGAUCCAGGGGAGGAGGUGAAGGCGGCAAUUCAGAGGAGGAUGAACCUGAGGAGCGGAGAGGGUACGCAUUGAUCGCGGAAUGCACGAUGCGUUCUGGGUCAUCCCAUACUUGUAAGCUAUGUGCUGUGGAGAACAUACAUGCGGAAACGGCGACUGGGCCUAUUAAGUACUCGCAUGCUAAUCACCUUACUAUAUG